GCCAAUCUGAUCUUUGUCCAAACACAGAACAUGCAUCAUCAUCCAUCACUCAUCUCCCACUGAACUCCGCUCAAGUCUUUCAAAUCAUCUUUCUCUAUCCCCAAUGGAACCAGAAACCCUAACCGGCACGGGCUCGACCUUACCGAACCACGACGAGUCCAAGAUAGAAUUAACAGAGUUCGAGAAGAAUCAGAAAAGGUACCAAGACCUGAUCUCCACGUUUCCUCACGAGAAAGGCUGGAGAGCGAAAGAGCCCCUGAUCGAGUAUGGUGGUUACUGGUGGCUACCGCCUCUCCUCGAAGGUUGUAUCCACGCUCAAGAGUUCUUUCAAGCGCGGCCAAGUGACUUCCUCGUAUGUAGCUACCCAAAGACAGGUACCACUUGGCUCAAAGCCUUGACUUUCGCCAUCGCUAAUCGAUCCCGCUUCGAUGAUUCCUCCAAUCCCCUCCUGAAACGUAACCCUCACGAGUUUGUUCCUUACAUUGAGAUCGAUUUCCCUUUCUUCCCUGAAGUUGAUGUUCUCAAAGACAAAGGAAACACUCUGUUUUCAACUCAUAUCCCAUACGAGUUAUUACCUGAUUCGGUUGUGAAAUCGGGUUGUAAGAUGGUUUACAUCUGGAGAGACCCAAAGGACACUUUCAUCUCCAUGUGGACUUUUAUUCACAAGGACAGGACAGAUCUUGGACCUGUCAGCAAUCUUGAGGAGUCUUUUGAUAUGUACUGUCGUGGUCUGUGUGGGUACGGUCCUUACCUUGAUCAUGUCCUGGCGUAUUGGAAAGCUUACCAACAACAUCCAGAUCGGAUUUUGUUCCUCAAGUACGAGACUAUGAGAGCUGAUCCUUUGCCGUACGUGAAGAGUCUGGCUGAGUUUAUGGGUUAUGGAUUCACUGCUGAGGAAGAGGAGAAAGGUGUUGUUGAGAAAGUGGUGACUCUUUGCAGCUUCGAGACAUUGAAGAAUCUUGAAGCUAACAAAGGAGAGAAAGACAGAGAGGAUCGUCCUGGUGUUUAUGCGAACAGCGCUUAUUUCAGGAAAGGAAAGGUGGGAGAUUGGACAAAUCAUCUGACUCCAGAGAUGGCAGCUCGUAUCGAUGGCAUAAUGGAAGAGAAAUUUAAGGGCACCGGUCUGCUUGAGCAUGGUAAGUGACUGGUUCUUGUUAAUUCCGAACAAUGACUGAUCCUUAUAUGCUUUGUUCACAGCAGAAGUUUGCUAGCUCCUCAUGUUAUAAUUUGAGUCUAUAAUGUAAUAAAUAAGCUAUAUAUAUUGAAAGAAUAAAUAUUGUUCUGUUUAUCCAACUGUAUUGUUUCUAUCAAAGGAAUUGGCUUUCUAGUGGCAUUAUUUAUCAUCA